UUCAUUAAUAAUUCACUAUUCAGAUCUCAUAACUUCAUCAUCAAUAUUAUUCAAUUUCAUUCAGUUUUAUCACACUUUUCAACUUAAUUUCAGUUUUAAGUAGUGUUUCUGGUAAUUUUGUAAGUUUUCGUCGAUUUGUGAGGUUGUAUUUUCUUAUAAUUUGAUUUCAAUUCGAUUAAACUUCCAUUAUUCGUUUGAAUUUCAUGAAUUAGGGUUUGAUUUGGGGAAAUAUCAUGAGUUAGGGUUUGAUUUGGGGGAAAAAUCCUGCAUUAGGGUUUGAUUUGGUGAAAAAAACAUGAAGUAUGGUAGGAUUUGGGGAAAAUAUCAUGAAUUAGAGUUUGAUUUGGAAAAUUUCAUGAAUUAGGGUUUGAUUUGGAAAAUUUCAUGAAUUAGGGUUUGAUUUUGGGGAAAAUAUCGUUAAUUAGGGUUUGAUUUUGGGGAAAAUAUCGUUAAUUAGGGUUUGACUAAAUAGAGUUAGGGUUUGCUUUGGAAAUUUACUCUAGAAAUGGAUAUAAGCAGUGAAGCGGCUAUUGAUCGGUUUUUAAUCGGACCGUCAACCAUGCUUGGCCGGACAAUUGCUUUUAGGGUUUUAUUCUGUAAGUCAGUUGAACAGUUAAGGCAUCAAAUUGUGCAUAUGUUGAUGUAUUAUCUUCAUAGAUUAAGAACAUAUGUUUUAGUCAUUGGUACACCUGUUAUCUCAUGGUUACAUCCACGAAACCCGCAAGGGAUACUGUUGUUAGUCACACUAAUAGCAUUUUUACUAAACCGUUACACGAAUGUGAAAACAAAAGCCAAAAUGGCGUAUAGAAGGAAAUUUUGGAGGAAUAUGAUGAGGGCUGCGGUAACGUAUGAGGAAUGGGCUCAUGCUGCUAAGAUGUUAGAUAAAGAAAGCCCUAAGUUGAAUGAAAAUGAUCUUUAUGAUGAAGAACUUGUGAGAAAUAAACUCGAAGAACUUAGACAUAGGCGCGAAGAAUGUUCGCUUAGAGAUAUAGUAUUUUGUAUGCGUGCGGAUUUGAUAAGAAAUCUUGGAAAUAUGUGUAACCCCGAGCUUCAUAAAGGUAGGCAUCAAGUCCCGAAGGUGAUUAAAGAAUACAUUGACGAGGUUUCAACACAAUUACGAAUGGUUUGUGAUUUUGAUUCGGAUGAACUUGUUCUAGAAGAAAAACUCGCGUUUAUGCAUGAGACUAGGCACGCAUUUGGUAGAACGGCUUUGCUGUUAAGCGGGGGUGCAUCACUUGGGGCGUUUCACGUGGGUGUAGUGAAAACUUUAGUAGAACAUAAACUUAUGCCAAGAAUAGUCGCGGGGUCGAGUGUGGGGUCCAUCAUGUGUUCGGUUGUGGCCACGAAAUCAUGGCCCGAACUUCAAAGUUUUUUUGAGGAUUCGUGGCAUUCGUUGCAGUUCUUCGAUCAAAUGGGAGGGAUUUUCAACGUUUUCAAAAGGGUUAUGACACAAGGAGCGCUUCAUGACAUUCGACAUUUACAAAUUCUAUUAAGAAACUUAACGAAUAAUCUUACAUUUCAAGAAGCUUAUGAUAUGACGGGUCGUGUUCUUGGGAUAACUGUAUGCUCCCAAAGAAAACACGAGCCGCCAAGAUGUUUAAACUACUUGACAUCACCUCACGUGGUUAUAUGGAGUGCGGUUACCGCUUCUUGUGCGUUCCCGGGCCUUUACGAAGCUCAAGAGCUUAUGGCCAAGGAUAGAAGUGGUGAGAUUGUACCGUAUCACCCACCGUUCCAUUGGGGCCCCGAAGAGACCAGUGGCACGUCAGGUAGGCGGUGGAGGGAUGGUAGUUUGGAGAUCGAUUUACCAAUGAUUCAAUUGAAAGAGCUUUUUAAUGUGAAUCAUUUCAUUGUUAGUCAAGCAAAUCCGCAUAUCGCACCUUUACUCCGGUUUAAAGAGUUUGUGAGAGCUAAUGGAGGAAAUUUUGCUGCAAAGCUUGCACAUCUUGUUGAGAUGGAGGUAAAACAUCGAUGCAAUCAAGUUUUGGAACUCGGUUUUUCGUUAGGAGGACUACCAAAGCUAUUUGCUCAAGAUUGGGAAGGCGAUGUUACCGUUGUUAUGCCUGCAACUUUAGCUCAGUACUCAAAAAUCAUACAAAACCCAUCUCAUUUGGAGCUUCAAAAGGCCGCGAAUCAAGGUAGAAGAUGCACGUGGGAGAAGCUUGCAGCCAUAAAAGCAAACUGCGGGAUUGAGCUUGCACUCGACGAAUGUGUUGUGGUUUUAAAUCAUAUGCGCAGACUGAAACGCAGUGCAGAACGAGCAGCUGCAGCUUCUCACGGGGCAUCAAACACAGUACGGUUUAACGCCUCGAAACGAAUUCCAUCAUGGAACUGUAUGGCACGCGAGAAUUCAUCAGGUUCUUUGGAGGAAGAACCAGCAGACUCUGUCCACCAUAGUGGUCGAAACCACCGGAUACGUGAUGGGAGCGAUAGUGAGCCGGAGAGCGCCGAGUUUGGUUCAUGGACGAGGUCCGGUGGUCCGUUGAUGAGAACGACCUCCGCGGAUCAAUUCGUUGAUUUUAUUCAGAAUAUAGAUACCGACUCGAAAAUGAACAAGGCCAUUCGAGUUUUUCAGAAUUCGCGGGUUGUACAACCGGAGAGAAGCUCAGAGACCGAACCCGAACCCGAUCAAAGAGUGCAUACAAGUAGUGGUAGUGGUAGUGGUAGCGGUAGCAUUACGGUUGCUGCGGGCGAUUUGCUUCAGCCAGAGAGGAUUCAAAAUGGGAUAGUGUUUAAUGUAGUGAGGAAAGGAGAGAUGACACCACUAAAUAGGAGCCAUGACUCGGAGAACUACUCACUGUCUGACUCGGUUGCCGAGUGUGCUCAACUCGACUCUCUGGAGGACAUGGACGCUAGCUCGAGUUCGGAAUGUGAUCUUGUAGAUGGUGAUUAUGGUGAUCAUAAAAGUGGUGUGGGUAUGGAGGUCUAGUAAGACCUCAAGCAUGGGCCGAGUUGACUCGCUUGAGUUGACUCGGUUAAUGUGUUCAACUCGACUCACCAGAGGACAUGGACGCCAGUUCAUAUUCUGAAUGGAUGUCGUAGAUGAUAAUGAUGAUGAUGGUGAUCAUAAACUGGUGUGUGGUGUGGGUCGAGUUCACUCGGUUGAGUUGACUCGGAGUAGGCCGUAAGCAAUGCCUUUAAUUGUGGAUUUACCAUUGGUUAUAGAACCUUAUUGGUGAAAGUAUUUAUUAUAUGAUUA